GAGGGCAGCCUGGUUCCCACGCCCGUGUUGCCAAAGUCGCGGAGCAGCGGCGGAACCGACAGCCCGCCGGCGCUCCCAGAAGCCUCGGGCUUGGCCUUAGCGUCGGCUCCCGGCGUCGGCUCCCUCAACUUUCUGGCCAUGGUGGACAAUCUGCAGGGAGACUCGGGACGCGGCUACUAUCUCGAGCUGCUCCUCGGCACCCCGCCGCAGAAGCUAAAUAUUCUAGUUGACACGGGAAGCAGCAAUUUUGCAGUUUCAGGUGUACCAAAUACAGAUCUGACCUCAUACUUCGACACAGAAAAGUCAACCACAUAUAAAUCACUCAAUCUUGAGGUGGCUGUUAAAUAUACUCAGGGAAGUUGGAUUGGAAUUCUUGGAACAGAUGUUGUUAGAAUGCCUAAAGGAAUAAAUGGCACUUAUAUCAUCAACAUUGCUACCAUUUUUCAAUCUGAAAAUUUCUUUUUAAAAGGCGUUCAGUGGCAAGGGAUCCUUGGUUUGGCAUACAGUACAUUGGCUAAGCCUUCAAGUUCUGUGGAGACUUUUUUUGAUUCUAUUGUGAAUCAAGCCAAGAUCCCCGAUGUUUUUUCCCUGCAGAUGUGUGGAGCUAGUUUGCCUGUUUCUGGAACUGGUACUAAUGGAGGUAGUCUUGUACUGGGUGGAAUUGAACCAAGCUUAUACAAAGGAAAAAUUUGGUAUACACCUAUUAAGAGAGAGUGGUAUUAUCAAGUUGAAAUAUUGAAAUUUGAAGUUGGGGGCCAGAAUCUUAACUUGGACUGCAAAGAGUACAAUUCAGACAAAGCAAUUGUGGACAGUGGAACAACUCUCUUGCGGCUGCCAGAAAAGGUCUUUAAUGCUGUUGUGGAAGCCAUUACACAGACUUCUUUGAUACAAGAAUUCACAUCUGGGUUUUGGAGUGGCACACAGCUUGCCUGCUGGGAUAAAAGUGAAAAUCCUUGGACCCUCUUUCCUAAGAUCUCGAUCUACCUAAGAGAUGUUAAUUCCAGCCAGUCCUUUCGAAUCACUAUCCUUCCACAGCUUUACAUUCAGCCGAUUCUAGGGAUUGGGCAAAAUCUAGCCUGCUAUCGGUUUGGUAUCUCCUCUUCCUCCAGUGCCUUGGUUAUUGGGGCUACAGUGAUGGAAGGAUUCAAUGUCAUCUUUGAUAGAGCCCAAAAGAGAGUGGGCUUUGCAUUAAGUACUUGUGCUGAAUUGCAUGGUUCUCCAGUAUCUGAGAUUGAAGGCCCUUUCACUACCACAGAUGUAGCAGCCACUUGCAUAUCAACUAUAUCCCUCCACGAACCAAUCUUGUGGAUUGUGUCUUACGCACUUAUGAGUUUCUGUGGACUUGUACUUCUCAUACUCAUCAUCUUGCUCCUUAUUCCACCACGGUGUCGUCAUCGUUAUGCUGACGGCGAUACCGUAAACGAUGAAUCGUCCUUAGUACGGCAUAGAUGGAAAUGAAGAAUUUGAUCAACUCGUGAAGAAUCCUUAUGUAUUCUGAUAGGGAAUGAAGAAUGACUAUCCAUUUUCCUCACCCUGAGGUUCUUCAGAUGGGUUAGGACUACAGCCUGUGCUUCUAAAUCAGCAUGGUUAUAUGAGCUGAGAAUUACAGGAGGUGUAGUUGAACAGACUUGCAGGCACAAAGUUAGGGUAUUUUAGCCAAAGGUGAAAAUCCAGGCUUCACUCUGUAGGAAUACUAUGGCCAAUCACCAAAUCAUCUCCAAUUCUCCUUUAACAUAAAUUUAAUACUUUAACAAUGAAUUAUUUUUAGCUAUGUUAAUAUAUAGCCAUUUCAAAUGCUACUCUAUUAUUUGCUUGAUAUACAAUCACACCAAUUAGCAUACUUUUUAAAAAAAAACAAAACCUAAAACUUUAGUUUAUAGUUCCAAAAAGGUUGUUAUCUCCACAAAACAAAAACCUACAAAACAUUAUUUUGAUAAGCCAUUCAUCAAACUUGCCAUAAAGAACAGAAAUAUUUCUUGGUCUUUGUUUCAUUAUUUUUUUCAUUAAAAAUAUCUGUUCCUUGAUGAAUCAUGACUUCAUCAGUAGCUGGCAGAAAGAGAGAUUGAUAAUUAAAAGGAGGAAAAUAAGGCAGAUUUUUUUUUUAAAGAUUAGGGUUUUUUCCCCUCUUUGGAAAAUUAUCUGUUUCUUUUUAUGAUUUAAAGGUGAAACAGAGGAAAACCCAUUGUGUAACUUUAGUAUGGAACAAGACUGCCUCUCUUCAGAGAUUCAGUUCAUCAGUAUGAUAUAGGUAGACCUGCUUGAUAUAGCUGCAGGUCACUUUCAAUCCGCAUUCAGCACAACUGGAACAUCCCUUUGAAGCUUCUCUCCCUCUCCUUCCCACACACACAUUCCCAGUUCAUGACAUUUUAACAUUUACAACUUUACCACCCACAUCAGUGUCCUGGUUUUCUGAAUUCAUGCAUAAAUGAUCUUUGAAAGGGUUCUUUGAGCCUUUGUGCACAUAUCCUGCAGAAAUAGCAUAGAUAUAAAGCAAAGUCUCUCCCUCUCUCCAUCCCUCCCUCUCUCUCUCCAUUUAUCAAGACUCUAAUGACUAGAAAUCAAAUUUGUAACAAAUACAAUUGAAGGGGAAUUUCUUCAGUUAAAUGACUCACUCAACUGUGACCUGGCUGAGAAAGGUGAAGGCCCAUAAAUGGUCAAACAUUUAAUUACUUUACUUAACAAUGACAACUUUUAUUGAUCACCAUUUCAGCACGUAGCAAACACAAUGCUAGCAGGAACUUAUUCACUUAUUCACAUAUUUUUGUCUAUGCUAACUCUCCUUCAACUUUGCUUAUGCACUUGUGCCAAAGGCCUUCACGAUAUAUGAACAUGCAUUUAAAACAAUACUCAUAAAUAUGAUUCUUAACUAAAAAAAAAAAACCUGUAAUACUAAAAAAACUUACUGUGGUUAGUGUUAUUGUUACAUAUUUUGUAAUUUUGUAAAAUUAUAUUAAAUUGCAGAGUCUGAUCACAGGGUAAGGAGUAAGCCAUUAUCUCCAUGAGGUACACAAAAUCUUUACAUACUAGUUAUGCUGAUGUUGAAAGAAAAAUUAAUGCACUGGCAAAUGUAUUACUCUCAGAUUACUUUUGAACUUUUGCAGUCCUUUUAUUGGUGCCAUAUUCACUCUGUUUUGGAAUACCAUUUUGGGAUUUGAAUAGCAUAAAUGCAUAUACUUGAAAAAAUAAGCAAUAAUUGAUUCGUUAAGGAAGAGAGACCUCUGUGUGAGUUUUUAAAAAGCUUUAAAAAGCUUUGUUGCUGAAAUACGGCUAACAAAGUUUGUACUUUCUGACAUUUGCUUGCAUUGUUGUUCCAACACACCCAUCUAAACUGAGAAGAAGGAUGGCAGCUUGGUGAGUGUCACAAGAGAUGCUGGGCAAUAGUGGGCCAAGGACCAUUUUUAACCUCAAAACACACUGUGCAAGUGUAGCAUGGAAGUUGAAAGGUUAUGAGGUCUCAAAACAUUUCAAUUGACAUUUUCUCUAUCAUAAAGGUUAUUUAUACCUGUAAUUAAAUUGAAA